UUUAGGGACUGUGUGUACUUGUGCCUUCUAAACAGUGGGACCAGUUUUGUAGCUGGUUUUGCCAUCUUCUCUGCACUUGGAUUCAUGGCAUAUGAGCAGAACACAGACAUAUCAAAAGUGGCAGAGUCAGGUCCUGGCUUGGCGUUCAUUGCCUAUCCUCGAGCGGUCGCCAUGAUGCCUUUUCCUCAGCUCUGGGCGAUUUUAUUUUUUGUAAUGAUUAUCCUACUGGGACUGGACAGUGAGUUUGUUGGACUGGAAGCCAUCGUUACAGCGAUUUCUGACACAAACCCUUCCUUCUUCCAUGUUGGCCAUCGACGUAAACUUCUUCUCCUUGCCAUCAGUGUUUUUAGCUUCUUCGUCGGCCUAGUGAUGAUCACAGAAGGUGGGCUGUACAUCUUCCAGAUUUUUGACUACUAUGCCUGCAGUGGGAUGACUCUCCUUCUCUUUGCCAGUCUGCAGUCUUUCUGUAUCGGAUGGAUAUACGGUGCAGACCGGUUUUACGAAAACAUAGAGGACAUGAUCGGCUACAAGCCAACAUCCCUGAUAAAGUAUUGUUUGAAGUAUGUCACUCCAGUAAUAUGCAUGGUGAGUCAGUUAAAGUUUACUCAUUCAAAUGAUACUGUAUGCUGAUUAAUCUUUAGCUAA